GGCAAAAAUAACUCAUCCAUAUCCAUCAUCAUUAAAAACACACAAAUUAUCUUCUCUUACGAUAUCCAGAAUACAAUAACAAUGGCGGUUGAUUCUGGUCUUUCAUCUCCACUUGGUCCACCUGCGUGUGAAAAAGAUGCAGAAGCUCUUCAACUAAUUGAAGAAAUGACAAGAAAUGUGGACUCGGUUCAAGAAAAGCUUCUUGCUGAAAUUCUCAGCAGAAAUUCAGAAACUGAAUAUCUUAAAAGAUUCAAUUUGAAUGGAGCAACUGAUCGUGAAAGUUUUAAAUCCAAAGUUCCGGUUGUUACUUAUGAAGAUCUUCAACAUGAUAUUCAACGUAUUGCUAAUGGUGAUCGCUCUAACAUCCUUUCUUCGCACCCGAUUUCUGAGUUUCUCACUAGCUCUGGAACUUCUGCUGGUGAGAGGAAGUUGAUGCCAAUGAUUCGUGAAGAGUUAGAUCGUCGCGCGUUAUGCUGCAGUCUUCUCAUGCCUAUCAUGAAUCUCUAUGUGCCUGGUUUGGACAAAGGAAAGGGUCUGUAUUUCUUGUUUGUGAAGGCAGAAACAAGAACACCGGGAGGGCUAUUGGCUCGACCAGCACUCACAAGCUACUACAAAAGCGAGCACUUCAAGAACAGGCCAUUUGAUCCGUACAAUGUUUACACUAGCCCGAACGAAGCCAUUCUCUGCUCGGAUACUUUCCAAAGCUUGUACACUCAAAUGCUUUGCGGCCUUGUUAUGCGCCAAGAAGUUCUUCGAGUUGGUGCAGUGUUCGCUUCUGGGUUGCUUCGAGCCAUUCGGUUUCUUCAAGUCAAUUGGCAGGAAUUAGCACAAGAUAUUUCUACCGGAACCCUGAACCCAAAAAUUACAGACUCAUCAUUAAGGGAAUGCAUGGCAAAAAUCAUGAACCCAAAUCAAGAACUUGCAGAGUUUAUUACAAAAGAAUGCUCAGAUGAAAAUUGGGAAGGUAUCAUAAAAAGAAUUUGGCCGAAUACGAAAUAUCUAGAUGUCAUCGUUACCGGAGCCAUGGCUCAAUAUAUACCAACUCUUGAUUAUUACACUAACGGUUUACCUAUAGCUUGCACCUUAUAUGGUUCUUCUGAAUGCUACUUCGGUAUUAACCUUAAACCAAUGGUGAAACCAUCCGAAGUUUCUUACACAAUAAUGCCAAACAUGGCUUACUUUGAAUUCCUACCGCACGAACACUCAUCUUCUUCGGCUCUUUCUCGCGAUUCUCCUCCGCGUCUUGUUGAUCUUGCCGAUGUUGAAGUUGGUAAGGAGUACGAGGUUAUUGUCACUACUCACGCCGGCUUAAACCGGUACAGAGUAGGAGAUAUACUUCGAGUCACUGGUUUCUACAACGCAGCUCCGCAGUUUCAAUUCGUGAAAAGAAAUAAUGUACUAUUAAGCAUAGAUUCAGAUAAAACUGAUGAGUCUGAAUUACAGAAAGCCAUUGAAAAUGCUUCGUUGCUGCUACGUGAAUACAAUACUACAGUGGAGGAAUACACUAGUUUUGCCGAUACAAAGACGAUUCCGGGUCAUUAUGUGAUAUACUGGGAAUUACUUGUGAAAGAUUCAGCUAAUUCGCCGACUGAGGAAGUGUUGAGUCAGUGUUGUUUAGCUAUGGAAGAAUCGCUUAACUCGGUUUACAGACAAGGGCGAGUUGCUGAUAACUCAAUAGGGCCAUUGGAGAUAAGGGUAGUGAAGAAUGGUACGUUUGAAAAGUUAAUGGAUUAUGCAAUUUCAAGAGGGGCAUCAAUUGGGCAGUAUAAAGUACCAAGAUGUGUUAGCUUUACUCCUAUUUUGGAACUGUUGGACUCAAGAGUUGUCUCUAAGCAUUUUAGCCCAUCUCUGCCGCAUUGGACCCCAGAACGUCGUCGUUGAAUAACUACCGCUGUAUAGAGCAGAAACAGCCCCACCGAGACAGCAACGGCUCUCUAUGUAUCUCUUUAUUUAAAGAAUUUUGCAGCUUGUAAAAGAGUUUGUUUUUUGUGCAAUUGUUUGUGUAAUUCUCCAUAUUAUGUUUGUUUGUCUUUGAAAUCCUUCUGUUAUAUAUAGUUUAUAUGUUUAUGUAA